AUGACAAUCACCAGUAAAAAUGUGAUUCUGAGCAAUAAAUCGAUUCCUGAAGUUUAUUCAUCUCACUCAUAUUCCCAUCGAUCGUGGCUAUUUUUUUGUCCCGCGAUUCUUGACAACGUUCCCUUCCGAAAUGAAGGAGAGGAAGAGGAAGAGGAGGAAAAGGAGAAGGAGGAGGAGGAACAGGGUGAAUUAAGGAUUCAUCAUCACAGACUGUGGAAAUGGGUUUCUCAUCCUGCUCUUAGUCGCAUGUCACAUGUCACAUCAGCUGAUGGUAAGCCUCUUCCUGCCUUGUGCAACUGCGGCAGCACUGAUCGAAGCUAG